AAGGCUAAAAGGAGAACAGAAUAAAACUCCUUGUGUUUCUCCUCUUUUAGAAUAUAAGUGCAAAAUAAAUACCCACCCUCCAUUUCCUCAACAAUAUCUUAUCAGGAAGUUUGAAAGUCAUUUUGUCUGACUGACCAUUUUCUGAAUGGUCAUAAAGUAAACAGCCAACAACAUGGGACGUCUUACUUUGUUCAUUAUUUCACUCUAUUUCCUCUCAUCAUCUACAGAAAGAUACCUGAAAAAGCCAGAUAUACAUGUGAGUCGCUAUGUAGUGACCUAUAGGAGCCAAAAAGUGACUGUUGAGUGCAGAAGUAGCCUCAGAAGAUACCCAUUAAAACGUUGCACCUUUUAUAAAGAUAAUGAACUGUUACGGAACGAACCAAUCCCAUCUGCUGAUCAUUCCUUUAAAUAUAUCAUUGAAGAGGUUACAUCACAGGAUGAAGGGCUAUACACGUGCGUGUGCUACAAUGCAGAAAAUCAAAGAACAGAAGAAAGCGUCCCUGCUCCUUUAAGCAUGAAGGGAAUUGAAGAAAGGCCACAUCUAGAAGUGAUACCCUGGCUGGUGAGAUAUCACAUCAGGAGUAAAGUGACCCUGCAGUGCAGCAGCAGUACAGGCACUACGUAUACACAGUGCUGGUUCAUAAAAUAUUAUGAACAAUUGAUACUACAUCAUUCAAAAACUCCCACUGAGUCUAAGUUUCAUUAUGAGAUUGGAAAUGUUAAAAUCCGUGAUGGAGAACACUACUCCUGUAUGUGCUACACUGCACAGCAUCAGAUUACAAUGGAAAGUAGAAGUAUUAAACUAAACGUCCACGAACCUGUGGAUAUUCAAGUAACUCCUCAGGGGGUGAUUCCCAUCGGAAGUAAAAUAACAGUUCAGUGCAGCAGCAAUUACCAUGAGCUCCAUGACUGUGAUUUCUUUAAGAAUGGUUACAUCGUGCUCCAAAUGUCCAAAUCCUCCAGUAAACCUAUAUUCGAGUAUAUCAUUGAGAAAACUACCAAGAAGGAUGAAGGAUACUAUAAAUGUAGAUGCUACCGUUCGGAUCGUGCUUAUAUUGAGAGUGAUACUGUUCCUUUAAUAGUAAAUGAUCAGAUCGAUGAACCAGAAAUAUAUGUAGAAGAAGAUGAAAAACUAUUUAUAUGUGCCAGCAAAAACAGCAACUAUAGAUAUUGGUUCUGUAUUUUGUAUCAAAAUGGUCAGCCAGUAAGCUUUGAACACAUGUGUGACGGUAGCUGUGUUUUUCGCAUGGAUCAUUUUCCUCUUCAGAAUAACUUAUCUUGUUUAUGUUAUAUGACUGAAUACCAUCCGAUUUCUGCAAUUACUAAUGAACAAAAACAUCAAAUAGAUGAAGCAGAAAUUCAUGUAACAGAAGAUGAGCAAUUAGUCUUUUGUGCCAGCAAAAACAGUAGCUACGAAUACUGGUUAUGUAUUCUGUAUCGAGAUGGUCAGCAAAUAAAGUCUCAAAAUUAUUGUCAUCAUAGAUGCUUCUUUCCUGCAUACGUCAUAACUACUCCUAUGCCUUUAGCUUGCUUAUGUUACACAACGGAAGCACUAAGGUGGACUCGCCAGAGUUCUUUUAUUACUAAUGAACGAAAACGGCAUAUGGAGAAGCCACAUAUUCAAGUGACUGUCCAUGAAUCAGAACACAAGGGCAGGAAAGUGACAAUUGAAUGUAGUACCUACGUAUUCUUUGAAUGUAAUUUGGUAAAAUUUCAAAGCACCAUAUGGCAAAUGAAGAGAUAUUCCAAUGGCGGUGUAUUUUACUAUGACAUUCAGAAUGCUACAGCAGAGGAUGAAAGUUAUUACCAGUGUUACUGUAAAACUAGUGUGGGUAAUGUUCACAAAAGCAGUCUUGCUGUUCCUUUAAUCCUAAAUGAACAGGUAGAGGAACCGGAAAUACGAAUGAAUGAAAACGAGACGGAGAUUGUAUGUGCCAGCAAAAACAGCAGCUAUAAGUACUGGAUGUGUGUUCUGUAUCAAGAUGGUCAGCAAAUACAGGAUGACUUUUUCCGUCGUGUUGACCAUGCUUCCUUUGAUAUCUCUAACCUUCCUGCUGGGAGUAACUUCAGCUGUUUGUGUUUUGAGUAUAGCCUGGGAAGAUGGACUCGCAACAGUUCUGUUAUUACUAAAGGAAGAAAACAUGCUGGUUUUGCAGUUAAAAAUAUCACCUGACUUAUUCUCGGCCUUUGUUCUUGUCAUCUGGAUGAUUAUUUUCAUAGCAGGUUCACGAUACCAGCACAGACAAUAUAGUCCUGCUAUAAAAUACUAAUGCAUCAAAUACUACAAAUGCUACAAUGACAAAAUCUUUGCAAAAACCCAGUCUUCACAUUUAUUAGUGUAUUCUUACUAUAGAGGAGACUGGAAAUCUCAUCAAAGAAGGAAAUGAUCUAACAUUAUUAUUCAAUUAUAAAAUUCUUGUUUAUUUUCGACCUGUCAUAUAUUCUCUGUGUGUAUAGAUUCUAUGUUUUUUCUUUCUGUUAUAUCAGUAACAUUGUUACUUUGUAUCUUAAUUAUUGUGUUCCUUUGUAUUUUGCCUGAGGAGCUUUUCUCCCCAGGCCUUCACUGAAAAUGGAUCUCUGACCAA